CCUGAUCAUGCACUAUCAACAAGUUUGAACUACAACUACAUAGAAAGCAAAACCCUGCACGAGAAGGAGCACGACAAGCAAAAAAGAGUGGUACUUCCGCGAGACAAGAAGAAGAUGGCGCCUCCUCCAGGCCUUCUCUUCAUCCGCGCCGGCUUGUUAUUGCUGGCCGCAAGAACUACGACCACCGGCGACGUCGGCCUCCUUUUAUUCGCCGUCGCAAAGCAAGACCAAGAUGCACUCCUUCCGAAGCACAGUUUUUCAAAGCCUCCCGUCUCCCCUUUCGGGAAGCAAAAUCCGUAUAACCACACGAUGACGUACCGUCCGUUAGGGAAGACCGGGCUCCGUGUUUCUACCCUGUCUUACGGUGCGUGGCUCACGUUUUCUUCCAACAGCAACCAGAUUGAGACGAUCGAGAAGGCGAAGGAAAUCCUGACCGCGUGCGUCAAAUCGGGGAUAAACUUUUUCGACAACGCGGAGUCCUACGGGAGUUUCCACGGGGAGUCCGAGUUGAUCAUGGGUGAAGCGUUGAGGCAAAUGACCGAGGAGGACGAGUUAGUCACCAGACAGGAGCUGGUUCUGACGACAAAACUGUUCAACGUUCGGGGCGACGGGAUAAACAACAAGGGGCUGUCGCGAAAGCACAUAUUGGAAGGCAUGCAGGGCUCGCUUAUGCAUUGCAAAAGUAACGUAAUAGUAGUUCUAGUUGUAGUAUAAAUUGCAUUACAAAUUUUCGCAAGAAGGAAAGUGGAAUCUGUAAUGCUGUUUUACCUUUGGAGGAAGAUUUGUCAUGCAUAUUUGCAAUUAGUACGAUACUUUUGCACAGCAUAUCGCUGCAGCGGCUGCAACUGAGCUACAUCGACGUGGUGUACGCGCACCGGUUUGAUUAUGGAAGCGUCAGGAUCGGAAUCGUCAAAGCUGAAAUGAUUUGCCAUGCAUAAAAUGCAUGACGCGAAAUACGUGCGUUGCAGAGCAGGCAAGUGAGGCCGAUUGUAAGCCUGGCGUUUGGGGUUAGUGUUAGAGCUCGAGCUGCAGAAGUAGCAUGAGAGAAUCAAUCUGCUGUACCUAAACAGCAUUACAAACUGGAUUUAGGCACAACCAAAAUUUGCCAUGCGGCACUUGGAAACUGGGGUCCAACUGGCAUCCAUUUUGUGCAUGACAACUUUGACGAUUUCAAACCUGACGCUUCCAUAUUGAUCCCACGACCCCACUGGAGGAGACUGUGAGGGCAUUCAACUACUUGCUCGACCACGGGAAAGCUUUGUACUGGGGCACAUCCGAGUGGACGAGCGAGCAGAUCCGGAACGCGGUGCGAAUAGCGGAGAAAUUAAACCUCGUCGGGCCGAUCGUCGAGCAGCCUCUGUACAAUUUGGUCAACCGUGAUCGAGUGGAGCUCGAAUACUUGCCGUUGUUGCAAAACAGCAAUAACGGAUUCGACGGGAUCGGGCUGGGGUUGACAACCUAUUCCCCCCUCGCCGAGGGGAUCCUGGCGGGCCGGUAUUUGAAGGCGAACGGAAAAGCGCCGGAAAAUUCGCGGGGCGUGUACAAGGACCGCUUGCUGGAGCGGAAGGAGGAGCUGGCGCUGGCGGAAAAGUAUUUUUGAUUCGCUUGGAUUUCUCACUCUUGUGCUUUCUUUCUUGCGAAUCUAAAUGUCAAUCACCGCGGUAGUUCAUCGGUACGCGUUGUACUCGAAGAUGCUUGUCUCUACUUUCUUCGUCAUUCUCAUAAUUUUCAACACAAUGAAAAUGAAUUAUAUCAGGCUCAACCCCCUUGCGGAGUCACUUGGCGUCACGCUCGCACAGCUCAUUCUUGCUUGGACCAUGCAAAACCCGUUUGUUUCGUCUGUUAUUAUGGGCGCCAGCCGCGUCGAGCAGGUCAGUGACAAUGUGAAAGCCGUGGAACUGGCACAGACGCUGUUUGCGCCAUUACCAUCAAGUACGAAGAGCAAGAAACCGAAAGUAGAGAAUUUGAAAGAGAAGAUCGAGGCCAUCGCAAAGGAGUUUGGCUUCUCUCUAGGCGUGGACAAAAUACAGGCGAUGGUUAAAGAUGCUUUUGUCUCCCAUCGGGGGGAGCUGCUGUGAAAAUGCAACUAGACAGGAGUUAGAGUUAGUCCGCAUGCUCUCGUGCGUGCUUGUGCACUGUAUGCCUAUGUGGUGGCUGUAAGAAGACCGACCUUGUAGGUCAUUGAUACAUGAUCAAGGGUAUGCGGUGAAGGAUUGUACGUAAAACUUAAUACAACUGCCGGAGAUCAUGCCAAUGCCUCCAUCAAGCGAGCCCAUAAAGAAAAUUGACGCGUCUUGGUCUUCUAC